CACUGAGCUUUGAACUCUCCCUCUCUCUCUUCUUCAACACCAACAUUCGUUCUUGGAUUGUAGAGACAGAGAGAGAUGACUGGGCUUGUGAUGGUGACGAGGGGAGGAGGGUGCGGUGGUAAUUUCAAGGGGGUCAAAGGAGGGUCAACGAAGGAGGAGGAGCAGAACCAGCUCUCGCUGGUGGACUUUCUAUUGUCUGCUAUAAGGAAAUCCAUGGUGGCUUGCCGGGUUGAGCAAGCUGAGGAUAUGAUCUCGGCCGUCCAGAACUUGGAGAUCGGGUGGCCCACCAAUGUCCGGCACAUUACGCAUGUCACGUUCGACCGGUUCAAUGGGUUUCUGGGACUUCCGGUUGAGUUUGAGGUUGAGAUUCCUGGUCGUGUUCCAAGUGCCAGUGCAAGUGUGUUUGGAGUCUCAGUUGAUUCAAUGCAGCUGUCUUUUGAUUCAAAAGGGAAUAGCGUGCCAACCAUUCUGCUUCUAAUGCAGGAGAGGUUAUAUGCACAAGGAGGAUUGAAGGCUGAGGGAAUAUUUCGUAUAAACCCAGAGAAUGGGCAAGAGGAGAUUGUGAGAGGCCAAUUGAACAGGGGCAUUGUGCCAGAUGACGUUGAUGUUCAUUGUCUGUCUGGUCUGAUUAAGGCCUGGUUUCGAGAGCUUCCUUCGGGUGUGCUAGAUGGUCUAUCCCCUGAACAUGUUCUUCAGUGUGAGACAGAAGAGGACUGUGUUGAGCUUGUUAAGCAGUUAAAGCCAACUGAGGCUGCAUUGCUCAAUUGGGCCAUUGAUCUGAUGGCUGAUGUUGUUGAGGAAGAAGAAUUCAACAAGAUGAAUGCAAGAAAUAUUGCUAUGGUUUUCGCUCCAAACAUGACUCAGAUGUCUGAUCCAUUGACGGCUUUGAUGCAUGCUGUUCAAGUAAUGAAUUUGCUCAAGACCCUGAUUACGAGAACACUUAAUGAGCGGGAAGAGACUGAGACCGGACCAUAUUCACAAUCACCUAUGUCAUCUUGUUCAUCUGAGGGUCAAACAGAUGAAGACUUUGAUAGUCAGCAAGAGGUUGAAAGCAGCUCCGAGGUAAUAAAGACUUCACCAACAUCAGACUAUGAUGAAAAUGGAAGCAGCAGCAACAACAGUGAAGAUGAAUCUGAAGUCAAGUUACUGAAUGACAUAGAAGAAUGCUUACGGCAAUUGGAUGAGAAUAAACUGUCGACAAAUAACUUGGCAAUGUUGGGCGAACUGACUAGCGAGUUGCAGGGUGAGUGUUUCAGUCCUCAGAGUUGCUCCGGCUUCAAUGUGGAGUCUGCCACAUCCUUUACAGACAGCAAAAAUAGGGAUUCUGACUCGAGUACAAGUGACGGGGAAGAAGACUCUGUAAAAUCUAUCAUAGCUGUGGCACAGGACUCUGAUAUAAAAAACCAGACAAGCACAAAUGAAAUGGAGCUGGUAAACAGGUCUGUGGAGUCCGUUUUGCCUAUGCCAUUAGCUGCAUCUACUGAAUCUGUUUGA